GGAAACUUCAACAACAGUAAUCCUCUAUAAAGACACUAGAUUUAGUCCUCAUUUGAUCAACAGAUUUAGUCCAAACUUAGUCACACAUUGGCAGUUGCACCCUUGUUGUCAGUUUUUGCCAGUCAUUGAUUCACGUAGGGGAACAUAGUACCAGCGAGCCAUGCAACGAAACAUUAGCUCUAUACGAACGUCGUCGGAUGGAGUGUGGCAAAGCGAGAAUCCUCUAAACUACUCCUUCCCAUUGCUGAUCGUUCAAACAACCUUGGUUCUCUUCACAAGCCGCUUGCUUGCCCUUCUUCUCAAGCCUCUGCACCAGCCCAAAGUCGUUGCCGAGAUUCUUGGUGGUAUUUUGCUCGGACCGUCAGCUUUAGGCCGCAACAAAGAUUUCUUGAACUUGGUUUUCCCUCCAUGGAGCACGCCAAUACUCGAAUCCACCGCAAGUAUCGGUCUUCUCUUCUUCCUGUUUCUCGUCGGACUUGAACUUGAACUAACCACGAUUCGUCAAAGCGGUCGAAAGGCUUUGAGCAUCGCUGUAGCUGGGAUGUCCCUCCCUUUUGAAUUCGGCGUCGGACUUUCCUUCUUUCUCCGGAAAGCCGUAAAAGGAGAAGAUAAAGUAGGAUAUGGACAGUACAUCAUGUUCCUAGGUGUGGCACUUUCCAUCACAGCUUUCCCUGUCCUUGCACGCAUUCUAGCAGAGCUCAAGCUUCUAACAACUCAUGUCGGACAAACCGCCAUGGCUGCGGCUGCAUUAAACGACGUUGUCGCUUGGGUGUUGCUGACAUUGGCCAUCGCCGAAGCAGGCAAUGGCUCAAGUCAAGCUCACAAAAGCCCCUUGGUAUCCAUAUGGGUUCUACUUUGUGGAGUAGCUUUUGUUGCUUUUAUGUUAAUCCUCGUACGCCCCAUGAUGACAUGGGUUGCUCGACAGAGCUCGCCGGAACUCUUCGUCAUCGAUGAAGCCUUUAUAUGCUUAACGUUAUCUGGAGUUAUGUUAUCCGGAUUCAUGACUGACCUUAUAGGAAUCCAUGCAAUCUUCGGUGCUUUUAUCUUUGGACUAAUCAUUCCCAAAGGAGAAGAGUUCGGACAAAAAUUGAUCACAAGGAUUGAGGACUUCGUUGCCGGUUUGCUUCUUCCUCUUUACUUUGCCUCUAGCGGAUUAAGGACCGACGUAGCUAAAAUUCAAGGCAUUGAGGCGUGGGGACUCUUAGUGCUUGUUAUAUCGACGGCUUGUGCAGGGAAGAUUUUAGGGACAUUUUUCACGGCCAUGCUGUGUAAGAUUCCGGUUAGGGAGUCAUUGGCUCUUGGGGUUCUUAUGAACACCAAAGGGUUGGUUGAGCUAAUUGUUCUCAACAUCGGAAGGGAAAAAAAAGUUCUCAAUGAUGAAAUGUUUGCAAUUCUAGUCUUGAUGGCACUUUUCUCCACUUUCUUAACAACUCCAAUGGUUAUGGCGAUAUACAAACCUCGGCAUCGAUCGGAACAAGCAUCAACCCCUGCAGAAGAGUUGGAAAAUGAGCUUCGAAUCCUGGCAUGCAUCCAUGGACCUAGCAAUGUGCCGUCAGUCAUCAACCUCAUGGAGUCGAUCAAUGGGACCAACAGAUCCCCACUCAAACUUCAUGUAAUGCAGCUUAUUGAACUUACUAAUCGGUCUUCAUCUAUUUUGAUGGUUCAAAGAGUUCGAAAGAAUGGUUUUCCCUUCGUUAGUCGCCUAUGUCGAGGGAGUAAACGCGAUCAAAUUGCAUCUGCGUUUGAGGCAAAUGCACAGCUUGGGAGGGUGCACCACUCGACAGCUAUUUCAGCAUUAUCGACAAUGCAUGAGGAUAUUUGCCAUGUAGCCAAGGAUCGAAGUGUGGAGAUGAUCAUCCUGCCUUUCUACAAGCAGUGGAAUGGGGACGGUGACGAGGCAAUUAAGAGCAUCAGCCAUAGCUGGAUAGAGGUCAAUCAAAGGGUCCUAACAACCGCACCAUGCUCGGUUGCGUUACUUAUCGAAGGUAGAUUUAACAAUCCAUCAGACCAAGCGGCAGAACUCACUACAACAAUGCCAAAAAGAGUAGCUAUUUUGUUUAUUGGUGGACCGGAUGAUCGUGAAGCUCUGCGGCUCAGUCGGAGAAUGACCGGAAAGCAACUAGUUCAGUUGACUCUAGUGAGGUUCCUCCAAGGCCAAAGGGAUGACAAUAUAAGAGAGAAGGAACUGGAUGAGUCUGCAUUGGCGGAGUUCAGAAGGUCAGAUACAACCAUCCGAUACGAAGUGAAGGCAGGUAGCAAUGUCGUGGAAGAAGUAACAAGGAUUGGACAAAGCAGGGGGUAUGAUAUUGUUAUGGUCGGAAAGGGACAUCACCCAUCUUGCUGGGAAACUGCAGGAAACCAUACAGAGAUUGAGGAACUGGGAGCUAUCGGGAGUAUUCUAAUUUCCGGAGACCAGAGCUUCUUUCCGUCUAUCCUAGUGAUUCAACGACAGAAAGAAGCAGCUGAAAAUGAGGCCACUGUUUCACAGAUGAUAUGAGAUGAGGAUGCCAUUCCUAGAUGUUGAUGUAAAAAGCCAUUGUAAUAUGUCUAGAA